CUGCCAGGGUCUGCAGUGUCACCAGCUGGGGAAAGCAGCUCCUGCUUGGGAAUGCCGAGCCACAGGUGCUGAGGAUACCGAUCCAGCGCUGCCCAGCCGGCUGGGCUUCAGCUUCAGCGGCACAGGGCAGGUGCUGCAAGUUUUGGAGAACAAACGGUUAAAGAAGUUUCUGCCGUGAUAACUGUGACUCCUUCCAUAUAGACAGAUUCACUUCCCCUGGUUUUGCUCCUGCGUUCCUCUUUCCAGGACACUUCUGCCUGGGAGGAGGCUGAAGAGAGAGCUGUGAUGGAGGCAGAGGGGCCGUAGGUGCCUGUGUUUUUUCGCCAGGAUAACGCCGGGAGUGGCGGGCGAAGGGAUAACAGGAACACCGCUGCGGACGUCCUUGCUGGCUCAAGCCCCUGGUGUAGCUGGAAAACCCUGGUGCGGGGAUUCUCGUCUUCACUGGGACAUGCAGGCUGUGCGGUCACCUCACCUAAAACCUACCCACUGUGCCAUGGGGGCAGUGGAACGGUUCAGGUUUUUCCCCCAGUAUUUUGAGGAGGUGCUCCGAAUUAGCCUGUUCCCGCCUUGCUUCCAGUGGUGAGAUCCCCAUCAGUCCCCUGGCAUCUCUCCCGGGCAGUGCAGCUGGCUCUCAACGGUGUCAUCCCUCCUGGCUGUGGGACAGCAAAAACCCCACGGCCAAGGGUAACCAGGGAUUGUGGGGAUGGAGAAUUUAAUGGCAUCAGGGGGCAGCUGUGCCAGUUCAACUGAUAAAAAAGUAAAUCCAAGACUGCUCUAGAGCAGUACUGCUCCUGGAUGUGUGUAAAUACAGGGACACCUCUUUACUCUCAAGUGAGGGAGGUUUGUGGUUGUGGUGCCAGUUUACCCUUGAGAGUUCCAGGCUUUAUUUCAGCUCCCCUGGCCGGGCCUGAUGUGCAGCAGUGGCACGAGGGCCGGAGCCGGCGGCUGGCUCUGGGUGGGCUGAUGCCGUCAUGGCCCUGCCGGGUCUGGCAGCCUCCAGGGAUCUCCCUGCAGCGGCAGCCUAGGGAAGGGAUCAGACAUCUCCUGGAACGGGAGAGUCCACUGCCUGGACUGCCUGGAGAGGGAACACGAUGGAGCCUGAGGGGGAGACGAGACACCGUCCUUAGGGACAUUUCCUGUGCCGUGGGGCAGCUGCUGGCCUGUGGCACUGGAGCUGAGGGGACUCCAAAACUGUGCGGGGUUGCCCUGGCCUCGAUUUUUCCCCCCUUUUUUUGUGGGGGACGCCCGCAUGCUUGAAGCACUGAGCUGCUGGUAAGUGCACUUGGAUUCGUUUUGUGCCUUCUCUGGGGGGCGAGGAAAAAGAGAGGUGGACGAGUCUGGGGGGUGAUGGUAUCAUUUGGGGAACCCCAAUGUUUGUGGUGGGGGAGCGAGGGGGGAACCCCCCAAAAAAGGGAGGUCAUAGCUCCAAAAUGCCUGAAAAUUCAUUUAUGUGUAAAAUAGUAGAAAGUGUAAGGAUUCUUAUUUAUACAUAUAUUGAAAAAUACUAUUAAUUUAUUUCAAGAUAAAUCUGCGAUAUUAUAGACAAGAUUUUAGACUAUAAGGAAUUCUGAAUAUGGAUCCAUAGGGUUUGAAAGUAAAAAUACAAAGUGCAUGCAUAAAAAUGAAAAAUAAAGGGCUUGAAAAAGUUAGACAAGGUGAUCUGUAUGAAGGACCUAGAAACAGCUCUGUGUAUUCGGAGUUCUUUCUCUCUCCUCCCGCUGGAGCACCCGAAAUCUGGGAUCUGGGAUGGGAUUGAAAUUGGGGUUUUAGCGGCACCCCUAAAACCCCUGCGCAUGCGCGGUGACCUCUACACCUCAGUGCUGCCGCCUUGUGGGCACACCCGGUACUGCAGCUCCGAGCGCCCGCGGCUCUUCCCGCGGCUCCGCCGGCACCGGCACCGGCACCGGCACGUGGAGCUGGACCGGGACCACGACCGGGACAACGACCGGGACAACGACCGGGACCGGCCGUGCGGGGCCCAUGGCCGGGUCCUGCCCCCGGGGCCGCUCCCGGCAGGACCCGCGGCCGCUGUGCCGGGAGCGCAGGCGCGGAACCGGGAGCGGCAAUGGCGGAGCGCCGGGAGCGGCAGUGGCGGGGAGCGCGGGGAGCAGCGCGGCCGGGCCGGGGACACCGGGGCGGCUGCUCCGGGCUCGGAGGAUGAGGAAGCCAGGCCUGCUGAGGAGGAAGAUGAGGAGGUGUGGGAGGAUGGAGACAGCGGCCACCAAAGGCUGGGGAAGGCACAGAUCCAGAAUCCUCUGAGGCUGAAACAAAGACAAGGAACUUUUCUGGGAUGGGAAGAGCCAGAGCGAGUUGUUGUGGGAAAGGAAAAUGAAAGAUGCAAAUGGGCCAUGACAAGGGAAUUGGCUCCAACAAGGCCAAGGGUCAGUGUGGGCUCUGCGGCGAGAACAACACCCAGAGCUGGACAGAGAAGGGGACCUUCACCCACACUCCCAAAAAGGCGGGAAGGAAAAACACCUGCCUGCAGCUCCUGGAGCUCUGGGGUUUCUGGCACACUCAGGGACAUGAGGGGAUAAUGCCAGAAUCAUUCAAACCUUGGGAAUAAUGGACUUAAUAGCACCCCUCAAGCCUGUUCCGGGCAAGCUCCUGACCAUCGGCCACUGGUUGCAGAUGGCUGUGGAAGUGAUGGAGGUGUUCAGGGAAUGCUGAUUGUUUUUCCCUCGUUUUGGCAAUCUGGUCAAUGAAAAUAUUAAUUGAUGUCUUCCAUCAGGGAAACAUUUAAGCAAGAGGUGCCAGAAAGAAUUGGAGUUUCUGAUUUUAAGUCUCCAACUUAAAAUCCCCCCUGGAUGGUCACCAGUGCAAUUCCCACGGACUGGUCACCUUGGCCAGGAGUGUCCAAUCCUGCUGUCAAUGCAUUGGGCCGGGGUCUCAUUUUCAUUUCAUGUAAAGACCCUCUGGGUGCCCCCCAGUCACUGGAAGGACCGGACUGGGCUCCCAGGGCAGUAAUUCCAGGUGCUCUCUUCAUGGCAAUAGCACAGGAGCCUUCCCCUUGGCCAGAGGAGCGGCCAGUGCCUCCCUCAGUCCACAAAUCCCCAGGACAGAACACAGAGAAAGGAACAGGAAUAUGGAAAUGCCCCACAGUGGGAGUUUGUGUUGCUCUGGAUUAAAUUUUGGAUUUAUAAUGUUAAAGGGGGGGGUGUGGAGGGGCUUUUCUCUCUCUCCUGUUCAUUAUUGUUACCACUGCUCUUGUUGCUCUCACUGUCACUAUGUGUUGUCAUUACUCUCAAAUGAUUGCAUUUGUCUUGGUUUCCAUUCUUAAACUGUUCUGAGCUGGAA